CACCUGGAGGGGCUCGCCUGUGCCCCGAGACGUCCACACUCGCCAAGGCUGAGAAGGGGAGGGUGGGUGGGGGGUCCCACGGGCCUUCUGAGAGACGGGGCAGAUAGGAGAGGAAGGUGUCUCCCACAAGCCCGCCCCUACCCUCAUCGCGAGGGUGCCCCCCGAGGAGCCACGCGCGCGCGCGGGUGACGCCUGGACGGGCUUGGACUGCCGAGUGAAUGGAGCGGCCGAGACUCCUGGCUCCUCCUCCUCCUCCCGAGCCGCCGGCCCCGCUUAUUUGAGCUUUGGGAAGCUGGGGGCAGCCAGGCAGCUUGGAUCAGGAGUUCAAGGCAGCGCCCACACCCGGGGGUUCUCCGAAACCCGACCGACCGCCUGUCUCCUGCUCCCCCAUUUCCGCCCGCCCUCCCACUCAUUCACUCACUCUCCACCCACCCACCCAGAGCCGAGACUGCAGCCCAGGAGCCGGGGCCCCGCCGCCUCCUCACCGCGAUCCUGGACUUUCUCCUGCCUCCGGAGCCGGCUUCCACGUGCGUCCCGGAGCCGGCGUCCUCGCACGCGCUCCGCUCGGGACCCGGGUGUCUUCAGCAGCCUGAGCCAUUGGGGAUCCGGGGCCCCGGUAGCAUCUGGGCCAAGUUAGGCGUGGCCGAGCCCGGCUCCGAACGCCUGCAGGACCGGAGGAGCCGCGGCGCGCCCGGGCCAGAGCUGCCGCCAAUGGGCUCCGACCUGCGGGACCUGAACGCGCUGCUGCCCGCGGUGCCUUCGCUCGGGGGCGGCGGCGGCUGCGCCCUGCCCGUGAGCGGCGCCGCGCAGUGGGCGCCGGUGCUGGACUUCGCGCCCCCGGGCGCCUCGGCGUACGGUUCGCUGGGCGGCCCGGCCCCGCCGCCGGCUCCGCCGCCGCCCCCGCCGCCGCCGCCGCACUCCUUCAUCAAACAGGAGCCGAGCUGGGGCGGUGCGGAGCCGCACGAGGAGCAGUGCCUGAGCGCCUUCACCGUCCACUUCUCCGGCCAGUUCACCGGCACCGCCGGCGCCUGUCGCUACGGGCCCUUCGGUCCUCCGCCGCCCAGCCAGGCGUCCUCCGGCCAGGCCAGGAUGUUCCCCAACGCGCCCUACCUGCCCAGCUGCCUGGAGAGCCAGCCCGCUAUUCGCAACCAGGGAUAUAGCACAGUCACCUUCGAUGGGACGCCCAACUACGGUCACACGCCCUCCCACCACGCCGCGCAGUUCCCCAACCACUCCUUCAAGCACGAGGACCCCAUGGGCCAGCAGGGCUCUCUGGGCGAGCAGCAGUACUCAGUGCCGCCCCCAGUCUACGGCUGCCACACGCCCACCGACAGCUGCACCGGCAGCCAGGCCCUGCUGCUGAGGACGCCCUACAGCAGUGACAAUUUAUACCAGAUGACCUCCCAGCUUGAAUGCAUGACCUGGAAUCAGAUGAACUUGGGAGCCACACUAAAGGGAGUUGCUGCUGGGAGCUCCAGCUCAGUGAAAUGGACAGAAGGGCAGAGCAACCACGGCACAGGGUAUGAGAGCGAUAACCACACUACGCCCAUCCUCUGUGGUGCCCAGUACAGAAUACAUACCCACGGCGUCUUCAGGGGCAUUCAGGAUGUGCGGCGAGUGCCUGGAGUAGCCCCGACUCUUGUCCGGUCAGCAUCUGAGACCAGUGAGAAGCGCCCCUUCAUGUGUGCUUACCCCGGCUGCAAUAAGAGAUAUUUUAAGCUGUCCCACUUACAGAUGCAUAGCCGGAAGCACACUGGUGAGAAACCAUACCAGUGUGACUUCAAGGACUGUGAGCGAAGGUUUUCUCGUUCAGACCAGCUCAAAAGACACCAAAGGAGACACACAGGUGUGAAACCAUUCCAGUGUAAAACUUGUCAGCGAAAGUUCUCCCGGUCCGACCACCUGAAGACCCACACCAGGACUCAUACAGGUGAAAAGCCCUUCAGCUGUCGGUGGCCCAGUUGUCAGAAAAAGUUCGCCCGGUCAGACGAAUUAGUCCGCCAUCACAACAUGCACCAGAGAAACAUGACCAAGCUCCAGCUGGCACUUUGAGGGGUCCAACAGCCCGGAGACAGGGCUGCGUCCCAGGCAGGACAGUGUGGGAACUUCUUUCCAACCUGACUUUAAAAUUCCUCCUUACUCACCUCUCUAAGAAGGAAAUGGCAGUUCGCCGCCUUCAUCCAGCUUCCAAGACAAGAUGCGUGUACUACUGGAUCCUGCCAGGUUUCCCCAGAGAAGGUGGCCUCCACUCUGCCAACUUAUAGUUGACUCACAAGGCCCCGGAGAGGUGGCUGACGACGUCCAUCACCCUAUGGUCUGGAUUUCCCAGCGUAAGAAGAGCCAUUGUUGAGAAGGUUCCCCCGCCCUCUUCUUCUCCGCUCAUUUUCACUGGGAAUGGAGUCAUUGUACCAUUUUCCAUCAUAGAAUAUUUAUAGGCCAGGGCAUGCGUAUGUGUCUGCUAAUGUAAACUUUGUCAUGGUUUCCAUUUACUAACAGCAAUAGCAAGAAAUAAAUCAGAGAGCAGGGCCCUGGGGGUGAGACCCGUCCGACAGUGCAGAGGUUAGGCAGGUUGCACACUGCCAGGCAAUUUUUAAAGCCCGUGUGUUUCAAGCAGCUUGG